UGUUCUUAUAUAUUAAAAUGGAAGUACAAAAAUUUUUAACGUACGUCUAGUGCCUCGAAAAAUAUUUUAUUCAUGCAAAUUUAUUCCUAUUUUUAAUGCAUGUUAACUUGGUUCUUUCCGCCUCUCUUGAUUUUUCGGACAAAAUUUGUUUUUUCAAUUUGGCAGUUAACUCUGCAACCAUGGCGAGUGUUCACGUGCUUUUAAGAAAAGCUGUAGCGCGUACUCUUCUCCUUCGUACCGCUUUUCCUCCGCCCAACCCGAGUUUGGUGAGAAAUUUGCCAUUUUGUUAUUCGAGUUCUAGGGCUUUUUGUUCAGUAAAAAUGUCGAAACCUCAAGUAUUUUUCGACCUUGCUGCUGAUAACCAGCCUUUAGGAAGAGUAGUCAUGGAGUUGCGAGCAGAUGUUGUACCCAAGACUGCUGAGAACUUCCGAGCUCUGUGUACUGGUGAGAAGGGUUUUGGUUUCAAGAGCAGCACCUUCCACAGGGUGAUUCCAGGCUUCAUGUGUCAAGGGGGUGACUUUACCAGACACGACGGUACUGGAGGCAAAUCUAUCUAUGGCAACAAGUUUGAAGAUGAGAAUUUCAUCCUUAAGCAUACUGGAGCAGGUAUUUUAUCCAUGGCUAAUGCUGGUAAAAAUACCAAUGGAUCACAAUUCUUCAUCUGCACAGCCAAGACGACUUGGUUGGAUGGAAAGCACGUAGUAUUCGGUCAGGUCAUUGAUGGUAUGGAUGUCAUCAAGAAAGUAGAGAGUUAUGGAAGUCAGUCUGGCAAGACCUCCAAGAAAAUCACAGUAACAAACUCUGGACAGUUGUAACCCUAAGAUUUUUCUUGGAUUUUUUCUUAUGUUUUGUAAACGUUUUUUAUAAUUAAUAAAUUGACUGAAUGAACGAACAA